AUGAUGCUGAAAACCUUUAUGAACCAGCACCCGCAGGACUGGGACAAGUACUUACCUCACCUGCUGUUCGUGUACAGGGAAGUACCCCAGGAGUCUACUGGGUUUUCACCUUUCGAACUGUUAUAUGGAAGGAGGGUAAGGGGGCCCCUAGUCCUGAUGAGAGACGAAUGGGAGGGAAAGGCCAUUCCCGAUGGAGAGUCGGUGUUGGAGCAUGUCCUGCCCUUCCGGGAAAGACUUGCUGAGCUCAUGGGUCUGGCCAGGGAGAAUCUGGCCAGAGCCCAGAGGAAGCAGAAAGUCUGGUAUGACCGUAUGGCACGGGCCCGCGCCUUCGCCACCGGGGAUCAGGUGAUGGUCCUCAUCCCCGUGAAGAAAAACAAACUCCAGGCUGCCUGGGAAGGUCCCUUCAAGGUUGUCAAGCAACUAAACGAGGACGGGUCGAUCCGGUUCUGUGUGGACUAUCGGAAGCUUAAUGCCAUCACCGUAUCUGAUGCCUACCCCAUGCCCAGGCCUGACGAGCUCCUAGACAAGCUGGGAGGCGCUCGGUACCUCACCACCAUGGAUCUUACAAAAGGCUACUGGCAAGUGCCGCUGGAUGCAGAUGCCAGGCUGAAAUUGGCCUUUAUCAACUCGCUGGGGCUCUAUGAGUUUCUGACCCUGCCUUUUGGCCUCAAGAGAGCGCCGGCCACCUUCCAGCGCCUAGUGGAUCAGCUACUGAGGGGGAUGGAGAGUUUUGCCGUGGCGUAUAUUGACGACAUCUAUGUCUUUAGCCAGACCUGGGAGGACCACGUGUCCCAGGUUAAACAAGUGCUUGGCCGACUCCAGGAGGUGGGGCUGACCAUAAAGGCUGAGAAGUGCAAGGUGGGGAUGGCUGAAGUAUCUUACCUGGGCCAUCGGGUGGGGAGCGGCUGCCUAAAGCUGGAACCAGCCAAAGUAGAGGUGAUCAGAGACUGGCCCGCUCCCCAAACCAAAAAGCAGGUCCAAGCCUUUGUUGGGAUGGCGGGUGUCACGGAGUCCACGGGCGAUGCUCUGGAACUGCUCCCCACAAAGCCACUCCGGCCGGAGUGCAGCAGCCCCGUAACCCCGGCUGCAGUGCUGGCCGGAGCACGGAAGCCCGCGGCCCCGCUCUCCUGGCUGGAGCUCCGCCCGGAGCGCGGCGGCCCCGCGCCGGAGCACAGCAGCCCCACGACCCCAGCAAGAGCCCCUGGCCCCACGACCCCGGCUGGAGCGCGGCGAGCCCUGCGGCCCCGCUCCCCUGGCCGGCAAUCCGAAGUGCUGCCGAAGACUGGGAGCGCCGCCCGAGUCACUGGGAAAGUAGCCCAGAACCUGGAGAGAGAGAUCAAGGACAUGCUGACUUUAGAUGGGAUCCAGCCGUUCAACAGCCCAUGGGCCUCACCCGUGGGGCUGGUCCCCAAGGAAGACAGGAUGAUCUGGUUUUGUGGGGACUAUCGGAAGCUUAAAGCCAUCACCGUGUCCGAUGCCUACCCCAUGCCUAGGCCUGGGGAGAUUCUAGACAAGCUGAGGGGGAUGGAGAACUUGGCCCUGGCGUACAUCGAUGACAUGUGUGUCUUUAGCCAGACCUGGGAGGGACAUGUGUCCCAGGUGAAGAGGGUGCUGGGCUGCCUCAAGGAGGUGGGACUGACGACAGAGUUUGCCGUUGGCGAGGGGGUUCAGGUGACCUGUCGCCAGCAGUACGAGGGGAGCCCGGCUUGGAUGCAGUGUACGGAGACGGCUGGGCGCAUGGAGUGGGACACGAGGAAUGUGAGCUGUGUGGAAAAGUGUAAAGCUCCAGACACCCGGGACGCCAGGGUCCGGUUCGCCCUCAAGCAGCAGUUUUACAGCCCAGGGGACUCGGUGACAUGGAGCUGCCCUGCAGGGUACCGGCCCUCACAGCCUGACAUCAGAUGCACUAGACAGGGGAGCCAGAGUGGCUGGAGUGGUACAGCCGCCUGCACUGAGACCCCCCGGAUCAUCCCAGGGGCCCUGGAGGUUUCACCCACCACCAUCAAACUGCGCUGGACUUGUGAGCCCCCCGAAUCCUGCCAGGGCAGCUGGAAGAUACGGGCCCAAUGCCGGCUGGAUGGACCCCGGUCGGGCCCCUGCCAGAGACAAGGGCUCACCAGCGAGCAGCCGUUACAGGGACGGAAUGGAAUAGUAACGUGCAGCUCCCUGCACCCCUUCACCUCCUACAGUGUCACCAUCUCUGGGGGCUACCCAGCGACCAGACCACCCAGCACUGUCCUUUAUACCCAGCGGGUCACCACAAGUGAAACAGCCCCAGACCAACCCGAGAUCGAGCUGCCGGAUCCCAGCACCAAAACCCUCAGGUGGAAGCCGCUGCCGCCCUGCAAAGGGGCGAUCGUCGGGUACCAGCUGAACAUCACGGCCAGGAGAGAGUACGACAGCGAUUUCCUCGAGGUCGAGGAGCUGCGGGUGAAUCAGUCGGUCACCAAGUACCUGCUGCAGUCCUGGAGACACGGGACCAACUACACGGUGACAAUCCAGGGCCUCACGGCUGCCGGCCUUGGGCAGGCGUCGCGCUGGGACUUUGAAACCAACAUCUCUGAGCCGGCCAUCCCCGCCAACGUCACCACCCUGAGCGUCUACAGCAUCUCCCCGUCGAGCGGGACGGCUCUGCUCCCCCUGCAGCCCUUCCCUGAGCAACAUGGACCCAUCAGGGAGUAUCAGAUCAUUGUAUCUGCGCUGCAGAACGGCAGCGAAGCGGACGCCUGCCACUCACCAGGUCUGCAGCCGUUCAACUCCAGCCUGGAGCACGACGUGUACCUGGCUGCCGUGCUCCCUGCGCACAACCUCACAGGCCCGACUGACUUUGUGCUGGGCGACGGGACCCGUCACUACGGGUACUACAAUGCUCCCCUCCGCCCCCACAGGAACUACACGGCCUUCGUCCGCGUCGUCAGCCGCUGGAACCAGAUGGAGAAAUCCAGCUGUGUGCGCUAUGACUUCUCCGUUGGAGAGGCCCAGACGCCCCAGCCCGGGGGCCUGGUGCUAGCCAUGGCACUGCUGGUGGUGCUGGUGCUGCUGGCCGCAGGGGCCCUGCUGCUGUGGUUCGUGCUCGCCAGGAAGAAGCGGAACGACUCAAAGGACCACAAGAGCAACGGGGCAAUCCCCCUGAAGAGGAACCGAGGAGCAGGUGCAAGCAGGCUGCGCACGCAGAUCCCGGUGGCUGAACUGCUGGAGUCUCUGAAGCGGUUUAAGAAAGCGGAACUGGAGGAGGAGGGGGCAGAGGACGACGCAAAUCCCGAACGGCCCCCAGUGGGGCGCAAUGCGGAGUACCAGAAACUGGUCUCGGGUUUGCUGCACCCAGGCCAUACUGGCAAGGAGCCCUGCAACCAGGCCAAGAACCGCUACAAGAGCGUCAUCCCAUACGAUCACUGCCGUGUGGUGCUGCAGUCUGCUAGCCCGGGAACUGAUUACAUCAAUGCCAGCUACGUCGAUAGCUACAGGAGCCCCUGCUUCUUCAUCGCUGCUCAGGGCCCACUGCCUGGCACCGUGGUGGAUUUCUGGCAGAUGAUCUGGCAGGAGAAGACCUCGGCCAUUGUGAUGUUAACGGGCCUGGUGGAGCAGAACAAGACCAAGUGUGAGCAGUACUGGCCGGAGGGCGAGCAGGUGUACGGGGACUUCACGGUGACACUCAGCAACACCUGGAUAACCACGGGCCUGGUCACACGCACCUUCCGCCUGCAGAGGGCCGGUUCUCCUCUCCCGAGGCACAUACAGCAGUUUCACUACCUGCUGUGGCCAGACCACGGGGUCCCCAGCAACACGGCCCGGCUCCUGCAGCUGGUGGAGAUGGUGAACGAGAGGGUGUCGGAGGCGCCUGCCGGCCCCGUGCUUGUGCACUGCAGUGCAGGGAUCGGCCGCACAGGCACCUUCAUCGCCCUGGACUUCCUCCUGAAGAUGGCGCGGGCCGAGGGCAGCGUGGAUGUCUUCCGCUGCGUGCAGAGGUUGCGGGAGCAGCGGGUCAGCAUGGUGCAGACAAAGGAGCAGUACAUCUUCCUCUACGAGGUGCUCCUGGAGGGGCUGCUGUGCGGGAACACCGGGGUCCUGGCGGAGAGCGCCCCCAGCCACGUCAGCCGCCUACGCCAGCCCGACGCCCAGACGCAGAUCAACGGGUUCUCGCGGGAGUUCAAGGCCUUGCAGAAGUUUUCCGAACUCUCCGCGCUCUCCCCAUGCAAGGAGGCCCAGCAGCCCAGCAACCAGCCCAAGAACCGCAAGCCAGCGAUCCUGCCAGCGGAUUGCAGCCGCCCCAUCCUGAUGUCCUCCCUGAAAGCGGACGGCUCGCCUGGCUACAUCAACGCGGUCUUUGUCGGCACGUACGCGGAAGACGACAACGUCAUCGUCACCCAGCUGCCGCUCAGGGAGACGCUGGUGGAUUUCUGGGCCCUGCUCUGGGACUACACCUGCACCGCGCUGGUCAUGCUGAACCGUCUCGAGGAGCUGGACCAGACAUACCUGGCGUUCUGGCCUGCGCACGGAGAGGCCUCUUACGGCCGUUUCCACGUCAAGCUGAUCUCGGAGGAGCCGGGAGCUGGCUUCACCAUCCGCACACUCGCUGUAACCAACAGGCAACAGCCUAAGAAGGCCGCGCGGGAGAUCAGGUUCUGGCAAGUAGACGACUGGCCCAUGCAGCAGCAGCUCCCCCCACGCCCUGCCACCAUCAUCAGCCUGCUGGGGGAGGUGGAGCGGAGCCAGCGGGCAAGCCAGGACAGCCACGUUCUCGUCACUUGCUGGGACGGUGCCAGCCGCUGCGGGCUCUUCUGUGCCGCCAGCUUCGUGUGUGAACAGAUCCGCAGCGAGGCGCUGCUGGAUGUCUCGCAGGCGGUGAGAAUGCUGAAGCGCCGGCGACGGCAGAUGAUCAAGGACGUGGCGCAGUACACGUUCUGCUACGAGUUAGCCCUGAGCUACCUGGACUCAGUAAAAAUCUAUGGGAAUUUCAAAUAG